UUUGCGUCUGGGGCGGUAUUGGGAAGUGGGCUUAUUGCAAAGGGAUUUUCUUGGGGUGAGACCCGAUCUGCCUCUGUUUUGGACGCACGCCCUGCUGUAGCCCCUUCAGCCUUCAGCCGGGUCCCUGGACAGCCUGUCUCCCCCGGCAGUUCUCGGAGUUCCGAGGACACCGGCCGGGAGCCCUUGGCAGCUGGUUCUCCGGCAGGUAGACAGCACAGGACGUGCUUCCUUCCUAGGUGCCUAAGCUACAGGCGCACGCGCACAGCCUGCGCGCGGGACCCUAACCGCGGAGGCAUCUCCACCCGCUGUGCUCCGGCCGCAGCAUCCUCGCCCGGCAUGGAGGUGCUGGAGAGCGGGGAGCAGAGCGUCCUGCAGUGGGACCGCAAGCUGAGCGAGCUGUCGGAGCCCGGGGAAACCGAGGCUCUGAUGUACCACACGGCUUGAAAGCCACAGGAUUAUCCCUUCAAAGGGAAAUACUGAAGCUGAGGUGCUUACUGUUCUUCAAGAAGAUUUCCACGUGGUACUCCCUUUUAGAUUUUAUGGCUUUUGCUUUAAUCACGAUUUGAGACCUGACAACCAGGAGGAAAGCAGGAGCUUCCGUCUGCGGGGACUCCCACCUUCAGUCCCAGGUUGAACUUUCCGCAGAGUAAAAGAAGGCAUCAUCACCUCAUCACUUCCUGGGUUCCGCGGUCAUGUCUCUACGCUGGCAGGCCUGAGCCCGCCCACCGGCGUCGAAAUCAGCUCCUUACUGGUUGUGGCGUGUGCUCGUCUUCUCAGAGAGCCAAUCAGAGCCUCGCUUGCUACCCCGGGAUUUGGGAAACGGAAAAGCCCCCGACCGGUUCCUGGGGAGUGGGGUGGGGCCUCACGUGAGUGACAGCUCGACCCUCCAAUAGGAAGAGCGCUGGGACCUACCCCCUUCGACUCGAGAGCUAGAAAAGAGCGUUGAUGCCCGCGGCCGUGAUGAGUUGUAGGUGGAGCUGGUUGCUCCGCGGCUCCGAGGAGCGGCGGCUGGUGCUGGUGCUGGUGGGGCUGCUGCUGCUGCUGCUGCUGGGUGCUGGCCUCCUUGCAGAUGUAUUGUUGUCAUUGAAUAUUGGUCCAUUUGAAAAGUGCUAGGGAAGCUCAGCCAUCAGUAUGGCCAAGUACAAACUGAUUAUGUUAAGACAUGGAGAGGGUGCCUGGAACAAAGAGAAUCGUUUUUGUAGCUGGGUGGAUCAGAAACUUAACAGUGAAGGAAUGGAGGAAGCUCGGAACUGUGGAAAGCAACUCAAAGCACUAAACUUGGAGUUUGAUCUUGUAUUCACAUCCAUCCUCAAUCGGUCCAUCCACACAGCCUGGCUGAUCCUGGAAGAGCUGGGGCAGGAGUGGGUUCCGGUGGAAAGCUCUUGGCGUCUAAAUGAACGUCACUAUGGAGCUUUGAUCGGUCUCAACAGGGAGCAAAUGGCUUUGAAUCAUGGUGAAGAACAAGUGAGGCUCUGGAGAAGAAGCUACAAUGUGACCCCACCACCCAUUGAGGAAUCUCACCCUUAUUACCAUGAAAUCUAUAACGACCGGAGGUAUAAGGUGUGUGAUAUACCUGUGGAUCAGCUGCCACGAUCUGAAAGCUUAAAGGAUGUUCUGGAGAGACUCCUUCCCUUUUGGAAUGAAAGGAUUGCUCCCGAAGUAUUAAGUGGCAAAACCAUUCUGAUAUCUGCUCAUGGAAAUAGCAGUAGGGCUCUCCUGAAGCAUCUGGAAGGUAUCUCCGAUGAAGACAUUAUCAACAUCACUCUUCCCACUGGAGUCCCCAUUCUCCUGGAACUGGAUGAGAACCUGCAUGCUGUUGGGCCUCACCAGUUCCUGGGCGACCAAGAGGCCAUCCAAGCUGCCAUUAAGAAAAUAGAUGAUCAAGGAAAAGUGAAAAAACGAGUGGAAAAAUGAAGGCUUUCCAUUUGCUAGCUAGGAAUAGCAGCAAAAGAAGUGGCAUGCAGUGUUUUAUGGGUGCUGAUCUCUCUUCUCUCUCUUUAUUUUCCCCUGAUUUUUCCAAAAUGGGGCUAUGGGGUAGAGUUUCUAUAGGUAACUAGGUAACUUAUGUUGCCCAGAUAAAGGCUUUAGGAUGCCUGAGUACUUUAAGUCUCAUGACUGAAGUCUCCUGCUAGUCCUGUUUGAAUUAGUUAUUCAUGGGGGCUAAUUAGUAACCAGUGGGGCUUAAUCAAUGUCCUAAGUUUCUAAGACAGGAGAAUAACAAGUAGAAGUGAAGUUUAAGGUAUUCAUCAUUCAAUAAAUCAUUAUUGACUCACUAUUGACAGGCACUACUUAUUCCAAUAAGUAGUUCACUUUUAUAUUACUGAGACUUUCUGCAAUGAUAGUAAGGUAUGUUAGAUAAUAAACUCUACUUAAGUAUUUAUUACUAAUUAGCCUUCUCCUCUAGGAAAAGGGAUGCUUUGCUAGUUAAAACCAGAGGCCCAUUAAAUGGGAUAAGUCAUAGGUGGGUUUCUCCACCAAAACCAACAACAAACAAUAAGGCCCUUUGCCUUGUCUCUAGUCCAGAGACAUCCUUUCUUUGACGUUCGGUAGGAUUCCCCUUUGGCUGCUAGAAUUAGCAACAUGGAGACAACUCGAGCUGUUUAUAUUCUCCUUUUGUUCUGUUGUAUUAAACUUCAAGCUUUAGGUACUUAAAAUUUGUUUAAAAAUAAAGGUCUGUGACCAAAAACAAAUAUCCCCAAAGUGAUAAACAUUAGGUAAAGGCCUCUGAACUAGUCUUUGGUUCAAAAUCUUCCUGUAACACUCAAAGAGUUACAUGGAUAUUCUCUACAAAUUGAACAUCAAGGUUUGGGGAAAGGUAAGAUAUAGUGCAUGUAAUUUUAUUCACAUGAGCAGGGAAAAUAUGGUACAUUGGGACUUGUCAUAAACAUGUAUUGUUCAUCAGCCAAGAGCAAGUGUAUAUAACAUAGAGCAGCAUGGGUAGGCCUUGGACAACAUGAUUACUUAUCAAUCUCAAUAACACUGUUUUCUAGAUUAUAUUUUUAAAUCUCAUGGUCAUGUAAGUCAUCAUUUCUUUAAACUCUUACCUUAUUUCAAGGCAAGUGACAUGUAUUUCAGUGAUAAAGUCAUGGGGGAAAAAUUCAUCAGUUUUUCAUGGUUUUCCAUUGGUGGAUUAAUCUAUUUAUAUUCAUUUUAUAGUAAAUGGCAAUAGAAGAAAACUAA